CUCCAAUCCUAUAUCUAGUCACAUCCGAGUAUAUCUCAUCACUAGCUGACAUUGGUACAAAGUGUUAAUCUGCCACUAGCUAGCUUGAUUCUUGAGAUUUUGAGAACAUGGCGGCACCUCUUCUUUGCUUCGCCGUCGUGGCGGCGGCGGCUUUCGCCGGCGCGUCGGGGCAGGAGCUCACGUCGGAUUACUACGACGAGGCGUGCCCGCAGGCGCUGUCGGCAAUCAAGCUCGUCGUCGGCGCGGCCAUCGUCAAGGAGCCCCGGAUGGGCGCCUCGCUCGUCCGGCUGCACUUCCACGACUGCUUCGUCAACGGCUGCGACGGCUCCAUUCUGCUGGACGACACCGAGGACAUGGUCGGGGAGAAGACGUCCCAGGCCAACAACAUGUCGGUGAGAGGGUUCGGCGUGAUCGACGCCAUCAAGACCGCCGUCAACACGGCGUGCCUGGGUAAUGUCGUCUCCUGCGCCGACAUCCUCGCCGUCGCCGCUCGCGACUCCAUUGUUGCACUCGGGGGAAGCUCGUACGACGUGCUCCUGGGCCGGCGGGACGCGACGACGGCGAGCAUGGACGACGCGGACAACAGCAUCCCGAACCCGUUCAUGGACCAGCCGGAGCUGCUCGCCAACUUCCAAUCCCAGGGCCUGUCGCUCCGGGACCUGGUGGUGCUCUCGGGCGCCCACACGCUGGGCUACUCCCGCUGCGUCUUCUACCGCGACCGCCUGUACAACGAGACCGGCAGCCUCGACCCGACCUACGCGGCGGCGCUGGACGAGCGGUGCCCGCCCGCCGGCGACGACGAGGCGCUGGCGUCGCUGGACGACACGCCGACGACCGUGGACACGGACUACUACCAGGGCAUCACGCAGGGCCGCGCGCUGCUGCACACGGACCAGCAGCUGUACCUGGGCGACGGGGGCGACAGCGACGCGCUGGUGCAGUACUACGCCGAGAGCCCUGACAAGUUCUGGGAGGACUUCGGCGCGGCGAUGCUCAAGCUGGGCGGCCUCAGCCCGCUCACCGGCGAGGACGGCGAGGUCAGGGAGGACUGCCGGGUCGUGAACCGGGGGUGAUUGAUCCCUGAUGGCGCGUGCUCGGAUCGGAUAGAUGGCACGAUGGAGCUGUCGUGGUGCUUUUCGAGCAGAGUGCUCUACUUGCAUGUAGUAGUUUCUUGAUUUUGUGACGGUUGUUUGGCCAUGGAUUUAAACUGUUCUUGUUGGACCCGCCAGGUGUUUGAUGUUA